AUGCCUGUCCCGUUCGAGUCAAAUGUAACCGGAUCGCCAACUCCGAGACCUGAAGAUGGGCUACCCAACGGCAAAGAUGAUGAAGACGUUGUGGAUGUAACCGUAUUUGGAGUCUUCGAGGCACUCGUCACUUCAGGGGUUGUCUGGGAAGUGGUCGAGGAGUCCACGCUGGAGCUUGACGUUUCAAAAGGCGCUGUGGUAGCGGUCGACAUCGUGUUCGACGACUCCGACGGCGACUCGCUAGAUGAAGGUAACUCGGUUGCUGAGCUUGGCAAGGUUACUGAGCGCGUAUCGACUGUGGAUUGUGUUGAAGCCACAACUGAUGACACAUACCUCGAACCAUCCGGACUCGUAGUGUCGAAGUUGACGACAGAGCUGGUCAUCUCCGUGCUCAGUUGGGCUGAGCUCGAAGUGGACGACUCCAGAUUCAACAGAACCGACGCAGUCGAGCUUGACAGCCCGUUGGAGGUGACGAAUGCCCUCGUGAAGGAUGACGUAAAGUCGCUUGCUGUGCUUGCUGAUUCAGAAGUCGAUGCUGAUGAUGCCAAGGAUGAUGCCUGCGAAGACAGCUCCAGCGACGAUUCUGAUGGCGAAAGUGAUGUCAAGUCGGACGUUGACGAUGUCGAGGCCGAGGUCUGCAAAGAUGACGCUAACGUCGAUACUGAAGUCGACGGUGCCAAAGCCGAGGUCUGCGAAGACGACUCAGGUGUAGACUCUGACGUCGAUUCAGGGGUCGACGAUGUCAAGGCCAAGGUCUGCGAGGAGGACUCCAGUGUUGAUUUUGAUGUCGAUUCAGAGGUUGACGACUCCAGUGUGGAUUCUGGUGUAGAUUCUGAGGUUGACGAUGUCAAGUCCGAGAUCUGCGAAGAUGACUCCAUUGUCGAUCCCAAUGUUGAUUCUGUCGUUAAUGCGCUAGACAACACAGCUGUUGAACUGCUUGUCUGA